GUCACGCAUGCGCACAGCGCUUAGGUUGGGCAAUAUGGUAGGAAACAACAUGGCGGAUCAAGUCCAACAAUUCGAAGCCCUGAUCGGCCAACUUAUGUCUCCGGACAAUGAUACAAGGAACCAAGCAGAGACUCAUUAUGAUGGCAUUGAUGAUGCGACCAAAAUUAGCUUCCUAUUACAGACUUGCCGUUUAUCUGGUAUAGUAGAGGUUCGACAAAUGGCUGCAGUUCUCCUUAGGAGGAUUUUUACAGCAACAGUUGAUUUCCUUAAAAAGAUUGAUGAGAAUACUCAGAACUUGAUGAAGGAAAGUCUUCUGAAAGGCAUACAUGAAGAACAGGAUAGCAAUGUGCGCAAAAAGAUCUGUGAUGCAGUGUCUGAGUUAUCAAAAAGUUUUCUAGAUGAUGAUGGUUAUAAUCACUGGCAAGAGCUCCUAAAAUUCUUGUUUGAGUGCUGUAAUUCUCCGCGUGCAGAACUGAAGGAGUCUGCUCUUAACAUUUUCUGCUCUUUCCCUGGCGUGUUUGGUAACCAACAGGAUCACUACUUGAAUGUCAUCAAGCAGAUGUUAUGGCAGUGCAUAAAUGACCAGACCAGUCAAGCUGUGAGAUUUGUAGCAGCCAGAGCUUCUUGUGCAUUUAUCACGGAUCAGGUUGGGGAGGCAAAGCAGAGGCAGUUUGUGGAGUUAGUCCCUGGUAUUAUUCAGACUGUGCGUGAAAGUGCUCUGGCGAGCGGGGAUGACGCUGUCUUAAAAUCAGGUUUAAUCGAGCUUGCUGAGAACUGCCCCAAGUUGCUGCGUUCCAACUUGGAGCCUCUGCUGAACUUAAUGCUUGAUAUUGUCCGAAACGCCGAGCUUGGGGAAAAUUGGCGGCACUUGUCUGUCGAAUGCAUCGUGACUUUAGCGGAGACAGCUCCAGCUAUGAUAAGAAAGCUGCAAAAAUAUAUUCCUCUAAUAAUUCCUCAGCUGUUGGCGAUGAUGGUGGACUUGGAUGACAAUCCUGAAUGGAGCAUCUCUGAUGAAAUUGAGGAUGAGGACUAUGAAAGUAACACUGUUGUUGGAGAGAGCUCAUUGGACCGAUUAGCUUGUGCUUUGGGUGGUAAAACCAUUCUCCCCCACAUUACUGCUACCAUACCCCAGAUGCUCAACAAUCCUGACUGGAGGUACCGUCAUGCCGGGCUGAUGGCGAUAUCUGCGGUAGGGGAGGGGUGUCAGAAACAGAUGGAGGCCCUACUUCAGAGUGUAACAGACACCGUGCUUCCCUUCCUGAAUGACCCACAUCCCCGUGUCCGAUAUGCUGCAUGUAAUGCAGUUGGGCAGAUGUCGACAGACUUUGCUAAUGCCUUCCAGAGAAAGUUCCAUAUGAAGGUAAUUCCUGGUCUUCUGCAUGUGCUAGACGACCUGGCCAAUCCCCGCGUCCAGGCCCAUGCUGGUGCUGCCCUUGUCAAUUUCUGUGAGGAUUGUCCCAAGUCCACGCUUCACCCAUACCUGGACAGUAUCCUGGCAAAACUAGAGGCCGUCCUCUCAGCCAAGUUACAAGAGCUCCUUCAGCGAGGGACAAAACUAGUAAUGGAACAAGUUGUGACAACGCUGGCCACAGUGGCCAACACAGUAGAAGAGAAGUUUGCCCCACACUACGACCGCUUCAUGCCAAGUCUCAAGUACAUUGUCCAGAAUUCCAACAGUACAGACUACAGACUGCUAAGAGGCAAAACUAUUGAGUGUAUUAGCUUUAUUGGGCUUGCUGUCGGCAAAGAUAAGUUCCUCCCUGAUGCCAGUGAAAUCAUGCAGCUCCUUUUGAAGACACAGACAGACAUCGACUCUCUCGAGGCAGACGACCCGCAGGUGUCCUACAUGAUCUCUGCCUGGGCGCGCAUGUGCAAGAUCAUGGGCACAGAGUUCACCCAGUACAUGCCGCUCGUCAUGCCGCCCCUUAUGAAGGUUGCUAGUAUCAAACCUGAAGUCGCCAUUAUUGACACGGACGACCCAAAAUCUAACCAGUACAGUGAGGAUGAGGGCUGGCAACUGAUAUCUCUUGGAGACCAGCAAAAAUUUGGCAUCAACACAGUUGGACUUGAAGAGAAAAGCACAGCUUGUCAGAUGCUUGUGUUGUACGCCAAGGAACUCAAAGAAGGUUUCUCUCCGUACGCCGAGGAGGUAGUCCAGUUAAUGGUUCCUCUCCUCAAGUUCUACUUCCACGAGCUUGUGCGCUCUGCGGCCGCCGAGUCCUUUCCUUACCUUCUUGAAUGUGCAAAGUUCAAGGGGGAGGCGGCCGUGAGGCAGAUGUGGGCGUACAUCUGUAGUGAUCUUCUCAAAGCAGUCCGUUCAGAGCCGGACUCGGACAUUCAAAUCAUUUUCCUCGAGAACUUUGCUAAAUGCGUUGAGACCCUUGGUAAUGGCUGCUUGACUCUUGACUUCUUUAAUAUGUUGGUGGAAAUCAUUCAGGAGGUUUUACGAGCGCAUCGCGAGCGGCAAUUAGAAAGACAAAAUAAAAGAAAAGAUGAAGAUUACGAUGAAGAAGUUGAACAAGACCUUCAGGAUGAGCACGAGACAGAUGUAGAGAUUCUUAGUAAGAUCGCGGAUGUGAUGCAUGCGGUUCUGGGUACACACAAGGAAGAGGCCAUCCCCUUUUGGGAAAGACUUUUACAAGAUUUCCACGCACUGAUCGCUCCUGAGCGGUCAGAGGCUGACAAACAAUGGGGCUUAUGUGUGUUUGAUGACGUCAUAGAGCAUUUUGGCACGGCGUCAUUCGCGUACAAGGACUACUUCUUAUCCUCUAUGUUAAAUUACUGCAUCGACAAAAGUGCUCCCGUGAGACAGGCCGCGUGUUAUGGCGUCGGUAUAAUGCCCAUCUCGUCGAAGGAAUACGCCCAGGCCUGCGCAGAUGCGCUGCCCUUGUUGGUUCGAGUUAUAAACGACCCCCAGUCCAGGUCACGUGAGAAUAUCAACGCCACGGAGAACGCCAUCUCGGCCGUCACCAAGAUCUGUAAAUUUAACCAUGGCAACAUCAACGUCGAUGACGUCAUACCCACGUGGUUAUCGUGGCUGCCAAUUAUCGAGGAUAAAGAAGAAGCGACGCAUGUGUAUGGCUACCUGUGUGACCUGAUAGAAGCAAAUCACCCCCUGGCUCUUGGAACAGAUAAUAGCAACCUUCCAAGAAUUCUCCAGAUAUUCGCUGACGUUUUUGUGUCGGAAGUGUUGAGCGAGGACGAGGCCACUACUCAACGCGUUCUCAGAAUUAUCGCGCAAGUCCAGCCCAUGGAGGCCGUGUGGGCGGCGUGUCUCGCUCAACUCACCGAGAUGCAGCAAGAGGCCCUAAGGAACGCCAUGACGGGAGGACAAGGGCAGUGACCUACACAGAAUCUAUCAAUCAGAGAGAGGAGUCCCAGGACCAUGUUCGCAACUCGCCGCUAAGCUCCCUCGUGAUUUCCGCUCCCUCGACGUGAGGUGUAAUUUAUGCCGCGCGUCGUCUUGUUGGGACAAAUGACGAUAGUUUUUAUUGUACUGUCAAAAAGAUCAAGUUUGAGCUUGGAUCGAGCGAAUCUGUAGCACCGCGUCCCGCGAGAAUCCCGCAUCCCGCAAGGUGUCCUCGCUACCCUGAACGGUGCCGUAUUUCCUGCGACUUUUGAGACCUUCCGUGCGUGUCUAGGGAUCUGACGUUUCUCUGACCGCAAAGAAUUAAACGUUGCCAUAGCAUUUAGACUCUCGUGACGCCGUCGUAUCUCUAGCGCUUACUUUGUUUUUGCAACAUGAAAAGUUCUAUUUUGUAUUCAAGCUUUGAUGAUCUGUUGGAAAUUUGGGAGCGUAGAAGAGAAGAGAUGAAGUCUAGGUCGUGAUGACGUGACGUGUCUUGAUGCGCCUUGCGUGACCCUAGUUGCGUGAUCUUAUCCUGCGGACCCCCUGUGUGUUGCAUGAUAAACCAAUCGGAACCUAGUUCUACAUCACGUGUUGGGGAUCCAGGGGAAGCUUAGUUGUCACUUUGUAUGACCCAUUGGCUGGCGGGAACGCAUCUACAGUCGCGUAGGGUUGCAAAGAGACUUACAAAGAAAACCGGAAACAUUUUUUUGGAUAUUGGAUGUAAUGCUUUCUUUUGUUCAGUGCUUUGAUGUGUGACUAUCCCUGCCGCCUGCUAUAUUUUUCGGACAGCAGUAUUCUUUUUAGAAAUUAUCCCUUAAAGAAAAUGUAUUAGAAAACUAUAACUACAACAAUGGAGCAGAAAUGAGCGUGUUUAGAGUAGGCUAAUCGCUAAUAAUACAAUCAAUUGCUGUCCAGUUUUCGUAAGAUAAAGUCUGAUGAAUAUAUUAUUUUCUUUUUAGUAUUCAAACAUUUGGAAGCUUUUAGGAAGGAUUUUGAAGGGAAGGUUAAUGGAAUUGUAUGACAAGUUGGCGGCGGUUGCUAAGGUGGACUGUCGGUUGCUAUCGCCAAAAGAUAAUUGUUUCUUUCUAAAAUGUAUUAAAUAAAUGACAGAUAUUGCUUA